AUGCCCGCCUGCAAGCACGCCGACUUGACCUUCGAGCCAUCAGAGCACGCAGCGAGCGUGGGUUACAGGCGACCUACAGUGCGCGAGCGUGCUAAUGCAACACGACUCGGAAGCGGUCCUGGCGCGGAACAGCUCGACGUUAAGCCGAGCACGUUUCCAGGACCACUCGUGUUGCCAGGCGACGAAUUGUCGUUUGAUCCUAAGUAUGAGCGACAGGAUGUGAAGUCAUGGUCUGGCUGCACCGGUUUCUACACAGCAAAAAGGAGGGCCAUAUACGUGGUGCCGACGCCAAGACUGUCUCCCGGUGUGAGCGAGUGCUUGCCAACUCCUAAUCUGAAGCCGAUUAAGGGACCUGGGCGAAGUCAUGCGAGCACGAUCCCAUCUCCAAAGACUGAUGAUAUCCUGGACUAUCUCUCCGCAUUCUACCAUGGCAUGCCCGUCAAAAUCCUGGAGAAACCCGCGUUGUCGUUAACCAGAUGGGAGAACACGAUCGGCGAUGAGAAUGCGCCAGCUCGUGUAGGGUUGUUCCUCGGCGCCGAAACCGUUGGUGUGCGCGUACGUCCGUCGCCAGAUAGGAUCUUGGGUGCGCAGCUGAACCUGGAUGAUAUCUUGGAUGCUGCCAUCUCCAUUCUCCCCAAGGACGCCCACGCUCUGCUCAUGAUCGUGGAUCACGACCUGUACGAGGAUGAGGAGGAUGACUUCUGCUGCGGAAGAGCGUAUGGUGGGAGUCGUGUGGCAGUUGUGUCAACGGCACGAUCGAAAACAGAGCAUGCCUGGCCAGCAAGUCAUUGCAGGAAGUUCGUGGACGACAAUUGUCGUGAGUCAGAGCCAGACGCCGGCCGACAGAAGAACGAAGCCAAGGUCAUCAGAUAUGCGAGCCCGUCCGAUAGAUCCAAGUCUGCCAUGCACUCUGCCGUCGAUGCUCUGCAGCAUCUUGCCGUGCGGAAGGAUCUUGUUCAACUGUCCAACCUUUGGCUUGGGAGAGUCUGCAAGACGGCGUCCCAUGAGCUCGGUCAUUGUUUUGGAAUGGAUCAUUGCGUUUACUAUGCUUGCGUGAUGCAAGGAACAUCUGGUUUGACAGAGGAUGCUGGACAACCGCCGUAUCUGUGCCCGGUCGACCUGGCGAAGUUGUUCCGAGUGACUGGUGCAGAUGAGAAAGCCCAUGACACUGCGCUGUUAGCGUUCUGCGAGCGUUGGCGGCACGACAAACUGUUGGCGGCCUUCGCGGCUUGGUUGAAGGUUAGACUCGCUGAGCUAGAGGCAGCUGGCGCGCCCGGAGGCGGCAGUGAGGAAGAAGCCAUCAUGCUUGAUUGA